AGACAAAGCCGGAGCCGGAGCCGGAGCCGGACUAGACUGGACUGGACGGCGAGCGGCGUCAGACUGCCGAGCGGCCCGGCCCGGCCGGUAACAGCGGCGACAUGUCCGACUCCGAGGACGAUAUUCAAGACCGGCAGCUGAAGAUCGUCAUCUUGGGGGACGGCGCAUCGGGGAAGACCUCUUUGGCAAUGCGUUUUGCACAGGAAGCUUUUGGAAAACAAUACAAGCAAACAAUUGGGUUGGAUUUUUUCCUAAAAAGAAUAUCUCUACCAGGCAAUUUAAAUGUUACACUGCAAGUUUGGGAUAUUGGAGGACAAACCAUUGGAGGAAAAAUGUUGGAUAAAUACAUCUAUGGAGCUCAGGGUAUCUUAUUGGUGUAUGAUAUCACAAAUUACCAGAGUUUUGAAAACCUUGAAGAUUGGUAUGGUGCAGUGAAGAAAGUAAAUGAUGAAUCUGACCAACAACCUAUGGUUGCACUGGUUGGAAAUAAAAUUGAUCUGGAGCACAUGCGAACUGUGAAGACAGACAAGCAUCAACGAUUUUGCCAGGAAAAUAACAUCAAUGGUCAUUUUGUUUCUGCCAAAACUGGAGAUUCUGUCUUCCUCUGUUUUCAAAGGUUUGCUGCAGACAUUAUUGGCAUCAAGCUAAAUAAAGCAGAGAUUGAACAAUCACAGCGCGUAGUGAAGGCAGAUAUUGUGAACUACAGCCAGGAGCCUGUGGUGAGAACUGUGAACCCUCCCAGAAGUUCAAUGUGUGCAGUUCAGUGAUCCCGUCACAUAUCCAUAUUAGUACAUUUGGCAAUCCUGCUUCGUUCACACAGGCCCAUUCUUUCUCAGGAACUUCAUUUUGACAGCAACCAUCUCUGCAACACAGUUACUGUAUGCUAUGAAACACAAGGCAGCCACUGUCGACUGCAGAGAUCCACAAGAUUGGACCACGCAUUUGAGUAUGAUUUUCUAAAUCGAGUCACAAAAUGAUAUUUGUCACUUUGUUAAAAAUGACGAUGUAGCUACAUCAGAUAUGUAUUUUGCAACUUUAAAAAAAGUCAAAUUUGUACAACAGUGCAUUUAAAUGUGUUUCAUCAUUUACAGAAAUAUGUAUUUUAAAUGAAAUUUCAUUUAAAAGAACAAGGGAAUGUUUUGUAGACCUGGGAAAAUACUUUUUUAUUGCAACUGUUGAUUUUUUUAAGAACAAAUUUGGACAGGGUAGCAUACUGUUAUGAAGAUUAGAGUCUUACUAAAAGGUAUUUCAGAAAAUAAGACAAUAUGAAGCUUGUAAAACUUAAUUUGGCCCAUUGACUUGCAGCCCUUUUGUACCUUUUACUCUGGCAGCAUCCAACCUAAAUACCUUUGCUUCUGUUACUCAGCUGCAAAUUAUUCCAAACAUUUAUGACUGUUUGUGUAAGAUUAUGAUUAGAGAUAUGGUAUUUAUAGUAACUUUAUUUUAUAUACUGUAGUGAGGUUUUCUUUUAUCAUUUUGUUUUCAGACUUACAGUUUAUUGGGUCUUACCCAUUAUCCCUUUCCCUCUUUCUUGAAAAUCAGUCAUGUUGUUCUUUUUGUCUUCUUGACAUUUCUAAACCUUUCCCAUUUUAAAUGUAGAUUGUUCAAGUCAUCACCUCUAUGCAUUUGUAUUUCACUGAAUGCAGAACCUUUAUGUCUAAUUAUACAUGCUACAGUUAUUUGUCAUGUUUAUUUGACAGGUUUGCAUUUUAUUUUGUCAGUAAUAAAUUUUAUUUCCCAGUUUGUAAAACUAGCCAAUAUUUAUCUGCAAUAUCUAUCUUUUUAGUAAGCAUUGCAGUCAAAUUUAACCGGCUUUUAUUUUGCUCAAGGAUAUGUAAUAGUAAUAGGAUGCAAGUUCAGAUCCCCGUACGACUCUGCCAAUUACUAUAUUUUUAUCCAGGCUGGUAGUCUACACCACGAGAUCAAGUGGGGGGGAAUUACAACUCCUACCUGACUUAAUCCAAGCGGAAGAUCCCUUUCUAAACUCUCUAACUCUUCACAGGCAGGAUAGCCUAUAAUCAUUCUUCCCAAAGUGCUAUGAGGCAUUAGUGAGUGGAACUUAUUUUUGACCUUUUAAAUUGAUUACCAUAUUUUGUUAAGAUUUAGCUAAUCAGAAAAUCAAUUGAACCAUUUUACCAGCUCACUCUUUAUUGGCUUGCCUUUAUUUUUUGAGUGCUCUUUCAAAAUCUGUAAGCUUCUGUUACCCCUGCACGGCUUGAGAAUACCACAUAUCCCUGUAUUCUCUCACCUACUCAACAUCACCAUAUCUCAUCUCACAUAGUACUUCACCCACAUCGUACACAAGUGCUACCAGCACACUCAGAAUUAAGAUGACCUGGACAAAUGAGGUACAUUCCUCAUGCAAACAGAUGUGGUCCGAAUUCUAACAAAACUGGAUGUCUGCUUUCAACCUCUGCAAUUUUGGGAUUUCAGUUUUUUGUAGGUGAUCUCUUUCUUUGACAAUAUUUUGCCAGAGGUAUUGAAAAUGUUCUGAAAAUCCAAAUAAAUAAGCAAUUCAUUGCUUGCAUUUAUUGAAUGUUCCAUGGCUUGUUUACAUGUAAUAUUCUCAGCAAAAUCAAGGCAUUAUAUCUCAUGGCAACUUCCUCUUCUUACUUCAUUUAUAAAUACACAGAUUAUUCAAAUAAAACCCUUUGUAUAGUUUCCAUUAUUUUUCUUUAUUAUUAAUAUCGACCACUGACUUGUAACUGCCUGAAUCAAUACUAUCCAGAUUUUGUUUCUUUCCAGCAUUUUCUUUUACUUAAACAGUACUCAAUGUACUGACUAAGGGAUCAUAUAAUUGAUCAUCGACUUAUGUCUGUGUAUGUUGAUAAUGACAUGUUUGUCUAAGAUACAACUGCAUUUUGACACUUUCUUUCUACUGGCCAAUUAUCAAAUAAAUACAGUGCAGUGGCACUAAUAAAUUCAGCCAUAACUUUGUUCUAUAUAUUCACAUAUAAAUACAUAUUUGGACACCAAAUAUUUCAUUCUUGCUGGGUAGAUCUUUGAUCUUAAAUGUAUUUAGUUUUAGUUGUUUAAUUUUCAGAACACACUUAAGUGCAUUCCAUUUGAUAUUUGAAUGAGCACAACAAAGAAAAUAGUCUUGAAAUUUGCAUUUGGUCCUAAUUCUAUCCUUACAUUCUGUGGAAGCAGUGAAAUCUCUGUGCAUUUUUGGUAGCAGUUCAAAUAAUUUCCAUUUGAAAUUCAGCAAAACACAAAUAUCAUAUAAUGUCAGCAUAUUUUCUAAACACUUGGAGAUUUAAAUUUUGUGACAGUAAUGAAAAAUAUUUCCAUGAACUUUAAAAUAGUAAUUGCUAAUACUACAACCAGGGUAGUAAUAAGUUAAGCUCUAUACAAUACAAUAAUCAGUUUGCAAUAGAUGAAAUACAAUUCAAUGCAAAUAUAACAAUUCAUAUUGAUAUACCCAGCAUAACCCAGUGCAUAAUAUUUGCAUUAUAAAUAAAGGCUUAUUUAUUUCAGAAUAUUUUUGAUAUUUUUAAUAUGAUUUUUGUCAUACUGUGUAAGGAUAUUCAGUUAUAUUGCUUUGUUUUACUGUUUGUUUCUUGCAGGUAACCUUGCUCAGUGCAUCGUAGGAUCUAGAAUGCGAAUUCCUUAAAUUAUUGCGAGGCUGAAUAUUGUAACUAGAACAUAAUUGCUAUUGAAUGUUGUAAAUUAUAUUUACGGUGUAUUUGUAUGUGAAUAUAUUGAAAUGUUUUCCCGCUGUUAAAAUAUUUCUCUGCUUAUAAAUAUACAAUCAUUUGCAAAAGUCA